AUGAUAAUUCCAAUCCUUCAAAAGACCGCUAGAGUGACUUCUUUCGUCACAGUAGCGGGCGUGACUGCGACCUCCUACUACUACUACUUUGUGCACGAUAAUGGGUACUAUUAUAAGACCUCGAGUUGGAAGAAACUCGAUGACAAGGUGCAGAACCUGAUCGACGGCAAGGAGUCGAUCAGGUACGUCGGAAUCGGCGAACUAGUGGACAGACCUGUCGAUAUCCACGUGAGAAGCAACAGUGAGACGUUCAAAGAUAUCUGGAACGCCGAAGUCAGAAGAGCAGUCGAGUGGCUGUACUCUGUUGGCAAGUAG